AAGGCAGCGAAUUAACUUUGUAGCAUUUGCCAGGGUCUAGUUAUGAUCUUCCAAUUUGUCCCACCCUAGUAUUGGUCGCACCUUCAUUAUUAAAAAAAAUCAUCACAACAUUGGCUGCCUUCUACUGAGCUUGCCUUCCACUGAGCUACCCUUCUACUGAGCUGCUUCCACCUCAAUUAAGUUACAACCUAUUCGAAAUUGCAACAACUUCAACUUCCAACGUUAGGUUUGUUCCUUUCUAUUUAUGCAUUGCCUACCUCGGGAUUUUUACCUUCCACUUUCUCAUCCUUGAAGACAAUCACCUGGGCAAUCUUUCCAGUUAUCCGCGAGCAUUCCUCUUGACUACAAUUCCGCUUAUUUAUCCGUUCAUCUGUGUAUCACGCGCCUUUUGAGCAUUAUGCUUCGAGCUUCUCCCAUGGUUAACAAUUGGAUCAUCCCUCGGUGUUAAUCUGAAUCGCGUCGACCUGAACAUUGGAUCCUGACUCAGGAUAUUUCCGUCUGAACGACCAGUCUACCCUGAAUAAUAUUCCUCAACGCCCUGCUUACCUUAUCCAUCUCAAACCCAGGCCUAUUCCACCCAUCGUGAUUCUUAAUCAGAUUAGACGCUUUAUCCGCCCUGGAGUUUCAGCUAUGGGCGAUACCACGAAGGCCGUGGUUGAGACGCUCGACCCCAUUACAAAGCGUCUACUCCCAUCUGAUAUCACCAAGGGAACACUGGUACCUUUGAAGACAAUUCUUGAGCUCCGCGAUUACCUGUCGCUUUGCCAAGUUUAUGUUACACGUGCGCCUCAGAAAAGUGUAUCCAGCAUCUUCGAGGUUGCUAAGCGCAUUUCUGGAAACGAUGGAGCCCGAAACCUCCCGCAUCUUCGCCGAUGCAUCAAGCCUGCCGACCUCCCCCCGCAUCUCAAGAACGCGUUCGUGAACGAAGGCAAUGGACGAACUAUCCACAUGGCCAAGUCACAAUGGCUAUACAUUGUUCUUGGCCCCAAGACGGAGUUUUCAUAUCAAGAGCUCGAGAAAGAACUUCGUGUCGUCGAAGGCAUGAAUGACGAAGUUUGGUUGGGUGAGGUCCCAGUACCAUUGUUAGCACCGACUUCCCAAUCCCAAGCUCUCAUGUGGUCGCACGAGUUUUGGCAGUCCAUUUAUCGUAAAAAUAAUCCACUCGGACCGCAUCCCAGUACUAUCGCACGAACCGAGACAUUCGUUGCUCGUGAUGCCGCGAUCUGGAUGGCUUUGGCACAACAAACUGCAAAGAAGGCCCAGAAGGCUGGCAUGGGCGAACCAAUUGGUGCUGUUAUCAUUAAGCGAACGACUCCUGGAAGAUCCGACUCGGGAAAAGCAAAGAAAGCCGGUAAAGGUUCCGAUUCUCAAAAGGAGGCCAAUGAUGAGAAGGAAGCUGGUAGCGAGGGGUUUAGUGAAGGGUCGGAUGCCACCAAUAGUGACGGUGAAAGCAUGGCCAGUCCUAGCGCCGACAUCACAAACGACAUGAAGCAGUUAAAUAUUUCACAGUCGACAACUCAGCCUCAAUCUCAUUCUAAGUCAAAGGUAGAGGCAAAGGAGAAGACCCAGAUUGUCGCUAUUGCAGGUGAUGCCCGUUGGCAUAAACACGGUUGUUUUGGUGAAACUGGAAAUCCCAUGGCUCAUGCAGCUCUUCGAGCUAUUAGCAUGGUAGCGCAGAAAUUGGUGAGGUCUGAGAACAGAUCCGAGUCGGAGGAGCAAAUCAUGGAGUUUGAGUGCUUUCAAGACAAGCCCCUACUGCACGACGAGCAGCUCGUAUUCGACGCCGACCACCCUAGCCCUGAUGGUUAUCUCUGCCAUGACCUCGAACUUUACCUAACUCACGAACCUUGCACUAUGUGUUCAAUGGGUAUACUUCACUCUCGUAUGGGUAAGGUCGUCUUCUGCCGUCGCAUGCCCUUGACAGGCGGCAUGACUUCCGAGGACCGGGCUCGCGACGUGUGCGGUAACACUGGAGCUUGUGAAGGAUCUUGCGGCGGUGGACAGGGCCUCGGUCUUCAUUGGCGCAAGGAAUUAAAUUGGACCCUCCUUGGUUGGGAAUGGGAGGCAGAUAAGUCGGAUGCCUUGCCUCUUGAUCCACACAUACACGCAUAAGCAUUUUCGACCUUCUUGACAGCAUAUGAGGCGUUCAGUUUAUGGCAAGCAAUGGAGUUAGGCAAACCAAUUUUCCUCGAUUGGUACUGAGGAUGCAUAAGGCGUUAUGUGGAAUCAUGCGGCUAUGCAAAAGGCGCACGGGAGGCAUCGUCGAGGGCAUGAUAUGAAUUUGCUUCUUUGCUCGGCAUUUAGUUGCUCUUUUAUCUCUUUUUUCUUUCAUGUUGUUCUUACUGAGACCUUGAUCAUUAAGGGUCGCCGGGUCAAUCGCGACUCUGAUCCCUCUGGAUCAAAAGGAUACGCGCGUACUAGUUGUAUAUCUUUGGACGGGAAGGCCAUAGUACAUAUACCAGUCUUCUCAAAACAAGAACAUUAUCUUAAAAUACCUGUGUCCAUGAUAGGAUUUAUAUCUACCUAGGAACAUUUCUAGUGAAUUUGAGGACUCCUCGGUGAAAGAUGGCUCUAGACCUUUACAUACCU